CUGGAGUACAACUAAACUAUAAAAAAGAAAUUUUUCUUUUAUUCCCUGAGCUCCUUCUGUCUUUUUUUCUCAAGAGAGAUCAAAUUAGCUUUUCUGGGCAUUGAUCAUCCAAGUACCAAAGACAAGAAUCCAAAAGCUCUUUGAAUACCCCGUAGGUUAUUUUUCCUUUUUUAAUAUUUUAAGGACUAUACAUCAAAAGUCCAUCUUUUUGUGUUAAAGAAUAUGACAAACGAACGUGCUAUUACUUUAGAUCGCUCUAAUGAAAAGGCUCUCGCUGACCUAAAAAUCAUUGAAAAUGAGUCUCGAUCUGAUAUUACUGAAGUAGUAAAUGAUCAUCAAGAGGUUUCUAAAAAAGAAAUUGGCUUGCCGCCUUUAGAUCAUGAAGAAGAACAUGAUGGCGGCUAUGGUUGGUUUGUCAUAUUGGGUGCAUUCUUUGUCCAAGUAACCAGUUUUGGCACAAUUACUAGUUGGGGUGUUAUGCAAGACUACUAUGAACAACAUUUAUUCAAUAAUACUCCUAAUGCUGCCUUAAACCUUAGCUUUGUUGGCACUAUUGCUAUGGUUUGCAUGAACUCUGCUAGUCCUAUCGUUCAAAUAUGCGUUUCUGUCUUUGGCAUUCGUGCUGUCUUGAUUACUGGCACCCUUUUUAUUGGUAUUGGUCUAGAAAUGGCUGGAUUCGCUACACAAAUUUGGCACCUGUAUCUCACUCAAGGGGUUGUUUUUGGUAUCGGUGCUUCUUGUAUCUAUGUGGCUAUUAUGGGUGUUGCCCCUCAGUGGUUUACAAAACGUAGAGGACUAGCUCUUGGAUUAGUUGCUAGUGGCUCUGGUAUUGGCGGUCUAAUCAUUCCCUUCGUCAUGACUCCUGUGAAUCAAAGACUUGGUCCUGGCUGGACAUACCGUAUUCUUGGUUUUGUUUGCUUAUUUUGUGACAUUCUUGCCUGCAUUACUGUAAGACAGCGUAUUCCUUCUACCAAAGCUAGAAAAAGGCUUUCUCAAAUCAUUGACUUCUCCGUAUUCAAGAAUGCUAAUUUCGUCUUGUUUACUAUUGCAUCUAAUAUCGGUUUAUUUGGUUACUUUAUUCCAUAUUUCUUCUUACCCUCUUAUGCUACUUACAUUGGUCUUUCAGACACAGAAGGCUCUGCUCUUGUCGCAGUUAGUGCUGCUGGUAACUUUAUUGGCCGUAUCAUCUGUGGUUUCCUUGCUGAUCGCUUUGGUAAAGUCAACACAAAUUUGCUUUUUACCUUUAUCUCUUCUUUGAGUUGCUUGCUUAUUUGGACAUUCUCUAGUUCAUACGGUAGCCUUAUGGCAUUUUCUGUAGUGUUUGGUCUUACAAGCGGUUCUUUCUUUGCUUUGAUUUCUCCUCUUACAGCUUAUAUUCUUGGUCCUGAGCUCUUUCCUUCUGGCUUAUCUCUUCUUCUUUUAUCUAAUGUAAUUCCUGUUUUUGGCUCUAACAUUGCUAGUGCCGUUGAAUCAGGUGUUGAUGCUAGUCCAUUCUUUAGCUACAAGAUGUUUGCUGGUGUCGCUUAUUUAGUUGGUGCAUUCGUUCUCCUUAUCCUUAAGUUGAAACUUAACCGCAAUCCAUUUGCAAAAGUCUAAACUGGAUCUUUGAUCAAAAUAGUAAUAAAAUCUCAACAUACUUUUUUUAGCAAGGCAAAAAUUCGUUUUGUUAUUUGAGCUAUUUAACUUGUGGUUGAAGUAACAUUUUGUAAACUACAACUAGGCUAUCUAUUGCCAAACUAGUGUCAACAUAUAUGACUUGAAAUAUGAUGCUCUGUAAAUAUAUAGAAUAAAUUGCUUUAACAAGAACUAUCUCACAAAAAAAAAUUAAGUUGAUAAAUGCUAUCAAAAAGAUCAACAAGCUUAUAAUAACCAAGAGAAGGAAGUCAGACGUCAUAAUUUACACAACCUAUUC